AUGACGUCACCACUGAUGAGGCUCUUGGGAGGAGGAUUUGGAGGAAUGGGAGGAGGUGAGGAGGAAGAGGAAGGAGGAAGAGGAGGAGGGUUUGUAUCUUCUAUGAUGAGCGGCUUCGGAGCAAGAGGAGGAGGAGGAAGAGGAGGUAGUAUGAUGCCCAGCUGGAUGACAAGCUCCGGAGGAAUGAACGGAGGUUUCGGAGGAAUGGGAGGAGGAUUUGGAGGUGGUGAGGAGGAGGAGGAGGAGGAGGGAGGAAGAGGAGGAUUUGGAAUGAUGAGUGGUAUGAUGGGCGGUGGCCCUGGACGCAGCAUGGGAGGCUUCGGUUCCAGAGACAGAGGUUCUGGGAUAGGCAGGAUGUUUUCUGGAGGCUCUGGCGGUCUGAACAGCCUCAUUGGCCUUGUGAGGAGGCUGUUAGGCAUUUUCUGUAUGAGGCCAGGUUCUUCUUUCCGCCCAGGUAACUCACCGCGACCUCUACCCUUGCCUGUACCACUACCAGAACCACGACCACCGAUGUCAAUGCCAGCACCAGCACCAUCAUCACCAUUUGCGCCAUCAGCACCAGCAGCAGGACCAUCCCCACCUCUAGUCCCACAGGGAUCCUUCCCGGUGGUGUCUCAGCCAUUAGGAACCCCAAUGAACCCAGGAAACAAAAUGCCCUUGCCAGAUGGCCCAGCAGUUGUGUGGCCAGGAGCCUCCAGCCAACCGAUGCCAAACAGCUACAUGCCCCAACCGCCAAACGGCGGGAUGCCAGCCCCACAGAUGCCCAACUUCCCCACCCAACCACCGCCACAGUGGACCAACCCCGGGAACAGUCAGCCGUUUGAUCUGAACAGGGAAGUGGAUGAUGACGUCAGACCUGCUGGUGGGUUCGCCCUCCGACAGUACCUGUGUGACCAGCAGGGCGGAGUGUGUGUCUACCAGUGUGAAAACCAGUCUGACUCUAUCCCGUCCGUGGACUGUGGGAUGGGACCUCGGGGCCCCCUGGUCUGUUGUGACAUGUGA